GAUCAUUUAGGUAGUGAUCAUGACAUUAACAAAUAUUUAGCUGUGACUAAACGUAAUAUGAACACAUUGUAGUAAAAAUGUAAAGGUUCUACUAAUGUUGAGUAAAUAAAUACGUAUAUUUUGUAAAAGUUAUUUGACGUACAUGUGAUUGGAGGACAAUUUCAAUAUUGUAAAAGAGAAAAUUUUAGACAUAUGAUGGAAAAUUCUCAAGAUAAAGACGAUCAAAAUGACAAAGAUGAUUCUGAAGUAGAAGACGAGAUUGAACCUCGAUUAAAAUAUGUUAGGAUGAGGAAUGAUGUUAUAAAUAUUUUACAAAAAGAUGCUGCCAGUUGCAUUGCUGUUCAUCCAAAAUUCCUAUGCUUGGGCUCACAUUGGGGAACUAUUCAUAUACUUGACCAUCAAGGUAAUAGCAUUGAAUCAAAAAAUUUGAGAGCUCAUACGGUUGCUGUGAACCAAAUAUCUAUAGAUCAGAAUGGAGAUUUCAUAGCCUCUUGUAGUAACGAUGGUAGAGUUUUUAUUUAUGGAUUGUACAGUACUGAAAAUAAUCACAAUAUGAGUACAGGACAUUGGGUCAAGAGUAUAGCCAUUGAUCCAAAAUACUAUAAAACUGGCAGUGGAAAAAGAUUUAUAAUUGGUGAAGACAAGUUGGUUUUGUAUGAAAAAACAUUUUUAGCUCGUUUGAAGGCAACAAUUUUGUGGGAAGCAGAAGGUGGAGUGCGCUCUAUAGCAUGGACAGAUCAGUUUGUAGCUUGGGCAUCAGAUACUGGUGUUAGGAUUUAUGAUUUAAAUUCCAGGUGCUCUUUAGGACUAAUUAAGUGGUCAGGAACUGUAGAACCGGUGCCAGAACAAUAUAGAUGUAACCUUAGAUGGUCAGAUGACAGAACCUUAUUAAUAGGAUGGGUUGAUACAGUCAGAAUAUGCCAAAUUAAAAAAAGAUCUAAUCGAGAACUUAUCAAUCGAGAAUUACCUGAAUUUGUAGUUGAAUUAGUUUCUACAUUUCAAGUAGACUUUUUCAUAUCUGGGAUUGCACCUCUUGAAAAUCAGUUAGUUUUAUUAGGCUGUUUAAAGGAACCAUCUGAAAAUGGAAAAAGUCAACGCCCAACUUUGCAUGUUGUAGAACCAAAGUACCAAGAUUUUAAUAUUAUAUGUGCAAAUUCCCUUUCUCUAAGAGGAUAUGAAGAGUACAACUGUAAUGAUUACCAUUUGGAUUGUUUGAUGGAGGAAAACAGGUUUUUUAUAGUAAGUCCUAAAGACAUUGUUGUUGCCAGUUUGUAUGAUGCUGAUGAUAGGAUCGAAUGGCUUUUAAGUCAUGGGAAAUUUGAAAAAGCUUUAGAAGCAGUCACUGUUAAUGGCGGUAAAGACUGUAAACAUUCCUUAGCAGAUGUUGGGCGUGUAUAUUUGGAUCAUUUAUUAAACUGUGAAAAAUAUGAUAAAGCUGGCAAACUCUGUCUGACAAUACUUGGUCAGAAUAAAAAGCUCUGGGAAGAAGAAGUAUAUAAAUUUGCUAAAGUUCAUCAACUACGUACAAUAUCUGCUUACCUUCCAAGGGGUGAUAUUACCUUAGAUCCACACAUUUAUGAAAUGGUUUUAUAUGAAUAUUUAAAAUUGGAUCCAGAUGGAUUUCUGCAAUUAGUAAAGGAAUGGUCACCUAAAUUAUAUAACGUAACUGCUGUGGUAAAUAUGGUCUUAGGUCACUUUUUAAUUCAUAACAACCAGAGACAAAAUGUACUUCUUGAAGCACUGGCUAUACUGUACAGUCAUGAAGGAAAAUAUGACAAAGCCUUAGCAAUGUAUUUGAAGUUAAAACAUAAAGAUGUAUUUUUAUUGAUUCAAAAACAUCAACUGUAUAGUUCAGUUUAUGAUAUGAUUGAAGGGUUAAUGGAUUUAGAUGCUGAUAGAGCAAUACAAUUUUUUUUAGAGAAAGAUAGAGUACCAUCUGAAAUUGUUGUACAAAAAUUGCAAAAUAAUCAUCGUUAUUUAUACAUGUAUUUAGAUGCUCUAGAUAAAAAAGAUACUAAAGACUCAAAAGGAAAAUAUCAUGGUUUACUUGUUCGUUUGUAUGCGGACUAUUCUAGAGAUAAACUUCUGCCACUUUUAAGACGAUCAGAUAAUUACCCAAUUCAACAAGCUCUAGAUAUUUGUAGCCAAAAACAAUUUUAUCCAGAAAUGGUUUAUUUACUUGGUAGGAUAGGAAACACUUCACAAGCAUUGCAACUUAUGACACGAGAACUUAAUGACAUGGAAAGUGCAAUUGCGUUUUGUCAAGAACAUGAUGAUGAAGAAUUGUGGAAUGAUUUAAUUAAUUAUUCCUUAGAUAAGCCAGAUGCCAUUACAUUCUUACUGCAAAAAAUUGGAACUUACGUUGAUCCACGACUUAUGGUUCAAAGGAUAGAGCCAUCUCUGGAAAUUCCAGGCUUAAAAAAAGCAUUAGUCAAAAUGAUUUGUGACUAUAAUUUACAAGUAUCUGUUCAAGAGGGAUGUAAGAAAAUUAUCUCCAGUGACUAUUUCAAUUUACAUGAGAAAUUAGUAAAAGGACAUCAGAAAGGGAUAUUUAUUGAUGAUGAUCAGAUGUGUGGAGCAUGUCAUAGAAAAAUAAUUAUUAGAGAACCAAGAAAUCUAGUUAUAUUUUAUUGUAAGCAUUCUUUUCAUGAAGAAUGCCUACCAAAUCUUCAAGUUGUGGAAACAUGUGUCAUAUGUAAUCCACAAAAAGAUACUUCACCUGGUAGAAAAUGAUUCUGUGGAGCUCUUUGGUUGCUGAGCUGGUCAGUUUUGACACGAUUAGAUGAUUAUUAACUGUCAUCGAUAAGAAUAUAUGCACUAAAAAUUCUUGGUUUCUUGUACCAAUACUUUCGACUGAUACAGAGUAUUGGCC